AUGGAGGGACUGGUCCUCCUCAACGACCUCGUCACCAGGCUGCUGUUUGUGCUGCACUCCCUGGUCGGGGUCUGGCGAGUGACGGAGGUGAAGGGAGAUCCAUGGUACUGGCUGCUGGCGCUGCUCAACCUCUUGCUCUUCCUGGAGACUGUGCUUACCGUCAAGUUCAAGCGUGGCAGAGGAUACAAUUGGUUUUCACCAGCUAUAUUUUUAUAUCUGAUUAACAUCGUUCCAUCAUUAUGGCUCCUUGAAAUGCAUCAUGGGACCCAGCAUUGUGAUGUUCAAUCUGAAGGACUGUCACAGAACAUCAGUAGAAGAGAAGACACUGAUCCCACCCUGAUGUCUAAGGAGAAAGUCAAUGGAGUGAAUAUCAUUGAGACGGCCAAAGUUUUUGUACAUAACUUAUCUGCAGUAUGUGAGACGACUUGGACUUUGGGACUUCAUCAGACAUUCCUGUUACUGCUAAUAAUUGGAAGAUGGCUUCUACCUAUUGGAGGUACCAUCACUCGAGACCAGCUCUCAGAACUUCUCCUUAUGUUUGUGGGAACAGCUGCUGACAUACUGGAAUUUACCAGUGAGACUCUGGGAUUAAAUAAUGUGAGGAAUAACCCUAAGCUAGUCUGUAUCAUCCUUGCUUUAUGGACAUGGAGUAUGUUGCAGUUUCCACUGGACCUGGCAGUACAUCACAUCGAGUGCCCCUUGGCUGUGACAAGGCGGGGAUACAUCAAGCAGUUCUUCUGCCAGUGCAGUUCCUCUUUGUGGAACAUCGGAAUCAGCGUCUUCAUACAAGAUGGCCCAUUCCUUGUUGUGAGGCUCAUACUGAUAACCUAUUUUAAAGUGAUAAAUCAAAUGCUGGUGUUCUUCGCGGUGAAGAAUUUCCUCGUGGUGGUGUUGCACCUUUACCGCCUGGUGGUGUUGGCCUUGGGAUUCCGUGCUUCCCUGAGGCACCCGUCAGAAGCCACCAAUGCAGAACACAGAUACCUGGCUCAACCCUCUGGGUCAAAGGAGGGACUGUCCAUUCCUUUGCGGGCCUCCCCAGUCACCUCGGAGGACUCCCAUCUGACACCAUAG